AUGGAGAAAUUUAUACUCAUUUUCCUGGCUCUUUACGCUGGGGGUUCAGCGGAACUGUUGAGAGUUCCGCUGUAUCGGAUGCAGUCGGUGCGCAGUCACCUGCGCGAGGUCGGCACCGAGCUGCAGAUGUACCGCAUGAAGUACUCCGUCAAAGGACCCGCACCGGAACCCCUCUCUAACUACCUCGAUGCACAAUACUACGGGCCGAUCUCGAUCGGGAACCCGCCGCAGACGUUCAAGGUCGUGUUCGACACCGGCUCCUCCAACCUGUGGGUGCCCUCCAAGAAGUGCCACUACACCAACAUCGCCUGCCUGCUGCACAACAAGUACGACAGCAGCAAGUCGAGCUCGUACCGCAGCAACGGCACCGAGUUCGCGAUACACUACGGCUCCGGCAGCCUCUCCGGGUUCCUCUCCACCGAUGACGUCAACGUGGGCGGCAUCAGUGUGCGGGCGCAGACGUUCGCGGAGGCGCUCUCGGAGCCGGGGCUCGCGUUCGUGGCCGCCAAGUUCGACGGCAUCCUCGGCAUGGGCUUCGGCAGCAUCUCGGUGGACGGCGUGCCGCCCGUGUUCGACAACAUGGUGGCGCAGGGCCUGGUCGCGCCCGUGUUCUCCUUCUACCUGAACAGGGACCCGGCGGCGGCGGCGGGCGGCGAGCUGGUGCUGGGGGGCGCGGACCCGGCCCACUACCGCGGCAACUUCACGCACGCCCCCCUCACGCGCGCCGCCUACUGGCAGUUCCGCGUGCAGCGCCUGCGCACCGCCAACGGGACCACCUUCUGCGCCAACGGCUGCGAGGCGAUCGCGGACACGGGCACGUCCCUGAUCGGGGGCCCCGUGGCGGAGGUGGCGGCCCUGAACCGCGCGCUGGGGGCCUCGCCCGUGGCGUUCGGGCAGUAUAUGUUCGACUGCCAGCUGGUGCCCACGCUGCCCGCGGUCACCCUCACCAUCGCCGGGGAGCCCUUCACGCUGCAAGGGGCCGACUACGUGCUCCGGGUGGCCCAGUUCGGUAAAACGAUUUGCCUGAGCGGAUUCAUGGGCCUGGACAUCCCGCCUCCGAACGGGCCGCUGUGGAUCCUCGGGGACGUGUUCAUCGGGAAGUAUUACACCAAGUUCGACGUCGCCAACAAACGGAUCGGGUUCGCGACCGCCGUCUGA